AUGGCAUCACUUCAGGAGGAGGAGGACUCUGAGGAUGAAGCAUACAAGAGAAACCUCAGAGAUAUGCAAGGUGAUUUCAGGGAGUAUGCGCCCCUGAUGAACAGAGUGGCCGCAGAGCUAAACAGAAACAUUUUCGAUGGCUCGAAUGCGCUAAGUUCUGACCCCGAAACCGUGGAGGGUGACAACAAGCUGAGGGAAGCGACGAAGAAGAUCAUUAACCGUUGCCGCAAGCUAGCGGGCAUGCUUGGGUGCGCUGCCUCGGUUGACGUGCAUGUUCCUCCUCCUGGUGGGUCGACACGUGCCCUAGCUUCAUCAAGCCACACCAGCGAAGGUUCCUCGAGCCAUGCCGCCUCGCCGUCUCGCCUUGUUAACGAUACCGAGGAAGAAGAGGAAGUGGACGAGGAGGAAGGAGGUGAUGACGAAGAAGGUGAUGAGGAGGAGUACGACGACGAUGAUGGACCUCAACCGACUCAGCCAACCCAGGCGAAGAGGGUAUCUCAUCCUCACCAGGAUGUUCUGAGCCCAUCAGCGUUUCAGAAACCGGUUCCUCGUCGUUGCUCGAAGAAGCCGGACGAGGGCCGCUCGAAGACAAACGAGGACCGUGCCGCCAAGAGGGGGAGGGGGACAAACUAG